GAGAUCUGGCUCCAGAACCGCAUCACUGGCCAGGCGCCGUUGAUCGUGGAGACCAACGGCGUGGUGACCACUGCUCUCUCGGACAAGAACGCAGAUUUGGAGGAGCUGCAGGCAAUCUUCGACCGCGCCGCGCCCAAGCGCUAUGACCGGGCCGACACCGACCAAAAGGACAGGCUGGGCUUCUUGGCCGAGGACCUGCAGCAUGGGGGCGUCACGGGGAAAACGAAGUGGGGCG